GUUGCAAUAAGUGAUGAAUUACAGCAGUAAUGUGCUCCGUUUCCCCACAUCAGCUUCAUCUGUGUCCAUGGCAACUCAGACGCAUAAACUCGCUCAACCCAAACCCAACCGACUCAGACAUCCAGACCGUCGUUCUGUUUACUUCCUGGAUCGGCUGCCACCAGAAAAGACCGGAUCCACCACCAGAACUGAGUUAACCCCUCGCUGGUCGGAGCUAUGUAGAAGUAAAAGGUUCUACACUCAAGUCACACUUUCUCCCAUUUGGGAGGUGAGUGAAUGGGCUCUCCGUGCCGUACCAUCCGAUCGGCUGUGUAGUCUGGCUCAACCUCGGCCCCCUGCAGCUGGCUGGCAGCAGGAACGCCCGCUGCUUGCUCGCUUGAACAGAGUGACGCAGACGGCAGUCGCCACUUCACGAAUAUGCCAGCUUGCCCAACCAAAAACAAGGCCAGUUCUGGAGGGCUUUGGCCCAAAAUCUAAGGCUGUAGCCAUGACCCACAUACCCUGCAAAGCGUCAGCACACAUAGAGCUACUUGCAACCCCUAAGCACGACCACCCCAAGUUCGAAGGAGAGCGCUCGGUGUGCUGGUCCGUCUCCAGAGAGGCAAGAAACUUCGUAGCCAGCCAGAGACUUCUUGAGCUGUCCAGUCCCAAAGAGAGGAGCGCUCUGUUUGAGGGAUACGACCCGUACGUGGUUAGCCAGGCAGCCCGCUCUGCCAGCCCCUCGCCUCGGAUACGACAGCUCUGUCUGCCUCUGCCUCGCAAAUGUAGCUCAAUCUAGGACAGAUGAGCUCUCGUCUCC